GGUCUAACCCCCUUCGAGAAAAUUAACACAUGAAGAGCAGUGUAUCGCUGGACAGCGUCGUCUCAUUGAGGCCACCGCCACUGCCGCACUCACCACCACCAAUGCUUGUUGUCCCGGAAAGGCGCCACUCCCAAGAACCAACCGCAUCAACAAGUCGUGCGUUUUCGCUCACUCCACUUCGGGUUCAUUCUCCUUCCUCUGCUGUGCUAGCAUUCGAUUUUUCCUUCCACGAUAGUUUUCUCGAGAAAUUAUCACAGUCGCCAUCGUUCAAGGAACAUCGGCCAGAAGUCGCUGGAUCAAAGGAAUGCUCAACAUCGUUUAAUUUCCAACGUCAGCGAGCCAUGUCCGAAUCAUUAGUAACCAGCAUUUCUACUAGCGUACCGGGUGCAGGUCAUGAUGCCCUGAACAUUCCGUCGUUUUCGUCCGUGCAGUCAUUGAACUCCGUCAGUGAUGGGAUUGAUGGAACUCACUCAUGCGAUUCCCUUGACGUUAUGGCCAAAGAUAUGGAUGACCGAUCCGCAGUCGUGCAUGGAUCUGAUCCUAUUCUUACCAGUCUUAGUCGAAGGAUCUACUCUUUUGAAGAUAUGCGAGCGAUUACAAUGCAGCAACGUUCAUUUUCGGCCGAGGACACAUCCUGCGACAAAGAGAACCAGUUCAUUCGGUCUGUUGAAAGAGAUGCGUCACAAAAGGAGAUUGAUAAUAAGAAUAUAGAAGAAGAGGUUGCUGUUGAGCUUCCGACUGGCGAUUCUAGCGACACGAGUAGCUGCGGAAACCUUGACAUUACCGAAGAGACUCUCGUAGCUGAGAAAGAAAGUGAGGAGAAAGAAGUUCCAUUAGCGGUCGUAGCAGUAGCGGCUGUAGCGGUAGCAUCGCAAGAAGAAGAGAUCGCGUCGAGAGAAGAAGAGAUCGCGUCGCGAGAAGAAGAAAUUCGUCGAAUCGAAGAAGCUCGAUACUGUUCAACAGACGGUGUCGAAUUGCCUCGCGCUUCUGAACCAGCUGUGACGACGCUUGUUGACGACGAGCGAAGUGCGUCACCGACCCAUCUCCUUGACGAAUCAAUGAUUCCACUCGUUGGAACACCAUCACCUCAUACAAUGACAUAUUUUCCUAUGGAAGAUGUGUUUGCGUUUGUGGAACGACGACCGAAUCAAGAGCUGCCCGCAAUCACUGAAGAAAACGAGGAACAGACGCUAAGGCGACAUCGCCCUAGCGACGUCACACCUGCCGAGCGACUGUAUCGUGCCAGCUCCAUGAUCGUUCCGCAAGAACCCAAUGAGUAUGCACCUGGUGUAAGAAGCGUUGGACAUGAUUUAGAUAUGAUGGCAGGACCACCCGACUAUUCUUACAAUGCCGGCCCUGUGCAUAGGAGAGCUAUUAGCGAUAAUAUUGGAGCGCAGAGCUCUACCCGUAAAAAUGAACUACGCCGGACGCAAGAAAUGGAAGAGAUCGAUCAAGCUGGCAUGUACGAAGACGUUGCUAUGCGUUCGUCAAGAUCCAUUGGAAGGGCAAGUUCCGUGGUAUCGAAUAGAUGUAAAAGUCAGGUGUUUCUGCCCGAUAUUGGUCUAGGCGAUCCGAGCAAAUCAGCUCCAUCUUUGGAUAGAAAUUUAAGCAGCUCAGAUCCAUCGGUCAAUGAUGAGAAACCUCUCAAAGCACGCGAAUGCCCUCCUCCUGUCGUUCUCACCCGCAAAGCGUCUAGCAUGCAAAACGAUUGGAAGAAACAGCUUUCUGCUGGUUCACUGUCACAGCCUACACCGGUGCAGAUGCGGAAGGAACCUGUUGGAAGGGAGAGUCGACCGCAGUCCAUGACCCGAGGCGACAAUGAUGAUGUAACCACGCCGUCCCCACCAUCGAGUAUCGCUUCGUUUUCGCGUGGCGUGAAUUUCAUGCGUCGUAGCUGGCGAAGACUUGCGGGUGGUGAUUUGCGACGAGAUUCAGUAGAUGUGCCAGUUUUCCAUUCGUUGGAUGACACAGUAACAGUUUGCGAUGGCUCGCAUCCGAUGUCGUCAGCGGAAUGCGUAUGCAUAACCGCUGAAGACACGGCAGUCCAGAAGCCGGUACGACGAGUGGCGACAAUACCAAUACGCCAACGGACGUCAGCACACCUUAAGCCGAGGUCCCAAGAUCGAAUCGAGAAGAAAAAGACGAAAAGCGGUUCGGAUACAUUUUCAUUCGGUAGCCUAUUUGGUGCGAAUAAAGGUGCUAGAACGAAAAAGAAGAGUGGUAUGGAUCGAAGCUUGGAAACGGUUAUCUCUACAUUCCAGUCGAAAGCUGUUGGAUCUGCUGUGUCACUGCCUACUCGUCGAAUGGUCUCUUCGAGUGAUCUGGUACAACGGCCUCCAAUUCCUGACUUUGAAGGACUACCUGAUCAUUUAUCCAGCGCGCUUUCUGAGCUCAACGAUCUGGAAACAGUAAGCAUUGACUCAGCCGAAGUAGCAAGAUAUAAUUUAAGUUCGCCUUUAUGGGAUCGUUUUGAUCUUUUCUCAAAAGAAGAAUACAAUUCAUGGCAUGACAAAUAUCGUCAUGACAAAAUGAGCUCAAAACUGGUGAAGAAACAAGAUGCAAUCUUUGAAUUGAUAUUGAUAGAAAAAGCUCAAUGUGCACAUCUUGCGUUCUUACAGCAGGGUUAUCGAUAUCGGCUUGUUCAAGAGAAUAUCCUCUCAGAACCGGAUGUGAAUCGCCUCAUACCUGAUGUUCUUGACGCUCUUCUCGUUUUUCAUCUACACCUCCUUGAUAGAUUAACUGCCAGACAACGAGAAUCAGAUGAAGUAGAAACUAUAUCAGAUAUCAUCGCUGAAGAGUUGUCCGAUGAGGGGAAGCAUGUCAGCAUAGCCAUAAAUGCCUAUACAGCUUUUGGUUCGGCUAAAGAACGAUCAGAAAAGCUGUUCGAGUCGUUAAUGGCGAAAAAUGGACGCUUCGCCGAUUUCAUCAGGUCAACUUCCUAUGAUCCUUUAUAUCGCCGGUACGAGUUCAAGUCCACGAUGACUCGAGUUAUCAGCAGACCAGCGAAGUAUGGUCUCCUCUUGGAGACAAUCCUGAAAAAUGAAGGAAACAAAUUCACGAAAGAAUGUGAACUCACUCAAAAAGCUCUUCUCACAGCAAAACGUUUUGCAAUGAUAAUAGACAACAAUCUACUUAUGGCGCAAAUGGCUCAACGAUGGGAUGAUGUACGAUCACAUUUCGAUCAUUCAAGUCAUACUAAUUUGUACCUCGUCGACAAGGAAAAACCAUCUGGAGUUGUACGGAUUACAUUCACUAUGGAAGAUCUCGAUAUGGAUAUGAAGAGUGUAGGAUCUGGUCAACGUCGAUUAAUGUGCUUAGGAGACGUUUGUAUGAAGAAUUCUAGCACAAAACUUGUAGAAAAAGUGUUUAUGGUACUAUUCGACGAUAUCCUUGUUUGUUUACAACGACGAAGCAAUCAGAAAUAUGUGUUUAUUCAACAGGAACAAUCGGUGUUUCCCGUCAGCGGUUUGAUUUUGAGACCUGCUGAUCGUAGCGCAUCGGUGAUGAUCAUCUCGGGUGCGGUUACGAAGCCGGCUUUGUUGGAAGUUGAGUUCAACUCAAAAACGGAUCGAAGCAAAUGGAUCAAGACACUUGAGUCGGCGAUACAUGCCGCUCCAGUCAAAGUUCGUAUGUCACCGCGAAACGAGGACGAGGCCGCACGUCAACUCGAACAAGAAAGGCAAUUGCAAAUGAGACGGCAAAAGGAGGCAGAAGAUGCUUGGCUACGAAGAUUGGACGAAAUGUUUGAGCAAAGAAAUUCGCAAGACAAGCUCAUACAAGACUAUAUGCUAUCGCUGAUGAAGUUCUUUGACGAUUUGAGAGUCCAUCUUCAUUCCUUACCUCUGAAAUCUCGUCCAGAUGUAGCAGAUCGGAUACGUGAAGCUGUACGACAACAUUGUCGAGAAUUGCGCGUUUGUCGGACUGCUCCGCUCAAUAAAUUGAUCGAGAAUGCUUGUGUGGCUCGUGAAUCGGAACUGUGGAGCUUCAUCGACGUCGCUGCAGAAGUGGCAUUGGAUGGACCGGAUUCUGAUGGAGGCGGAUCAAGCAGUGAUAGCAGUGGAAGUGGACGACGUCCAAGACGUAUUCACACUUUCCAUGGUACCACUGGACCUUCAGAUGAAGAUGCCCCGUCGACAUCGGGCAAAGAAAAAUCGUCAAUACGAAGGCAUACUACCGUUCCACGAAUGAAUAUAAGCCAAGAUAAUGCACCUGAUAAAAGCGAUGAAGAGGAAGACCGAGUUGAGCUGAGCGAAGAACGACGUGAACAACUCGAAGUCGAACAAAAGACUCAUCGCUUACCGCUUGGGCUGAAUCUGAAAGCUCGUCGUGCCAUGACGAAUUUGAUUCGAGAAGUCGUCAAGCUCAAGACCGAAAAUAAUCAUCUAAGGAAUGAAGUAUCUUUAGCUAAAACAAGGCUAGCAAUGAAAGAUCGAACAGCGCAUGUGGUACCGACCUAUGUUCUGGCUGCUGACACCAUGGAAGCGUUACGUCGGAAAGAGCAAGAAGUUCGAGAAGAAGAUUCACGUCGACGACGGGAACUGGAACAAUGGGCUGAAGAACUGCGUGUACAACAACAACGGCAACAACAAGAGCAAGAAAUGCUACUUUUGGAGAGGGAGAAACUACAACGUAGUGAGGCAGAACUUGCUGAAAAAUGGGCAGCUCUUCAUGCGGCUUCUGCUGGAGGAACUCCUAUCAAUUCUUCUCGUAUAAUAGGACGUAUCUCCAUGAAAAGCCCUAACGCACUGGAGCGAGUCACUUCCUUUCGUGACCAUAAGAUGACAUCUCACCAGGGCAUUUCACCCGCUCUAAGAAAUCUCACUAAGAAAAGCGAGACGAAACCUGGAGAUCGAGUUUCCAGGUCGCCAAAAAAGCAUAAAAUGGUGCACACCAUUUUGCUGAUCCAGCCUACAGUCCGACCUGAUUCCCGCACAUGGUCUGACUACGAAACCACCACUGAUUGUCUCGAAGGUAUUUGUAAAAUCUAUGAAGAAUUUUUGAAGAAGCAAAACCCUUCCAUGGCCAGUAUUACCUACGAUGUGUCUCAUUUGUACGAAUUCAUUGAUAAACUCUCCGAUCUCAGCUGUCUCAUUUUGAAUCCGGACACCUGCCAGUACACGCCGCACAACAAAGACUGGAUCAAAGAGAAGAUUUUCAUAAUGUUGAGGACGCAGGCGAGAAAUGACUAAGAAAUCGGAUGGAAUCUUGUCAACAAGUGUGCCGCGAUGAAAGACGAGUUCAAAUUAAUCAUGAGAUGUUGCCUAUUUUUCAUUUUACAUUGUGCGUGUGUUUUCCGAUCUCUUUCUCUUUGGUGAAUAAAGGUUCAAGGAGAAGUCA